AUGACCUCCACAAACCCCUCCGCCUCCCCACCGCCCUCGCCUCCACAACACCACCAACAACAACACCACCGCCUCAAAGUCCACACCCACCACUGCCGCUUCUGCAACCACCUCCUCCUAGCCACAACCCGCACAAUCGCGGCCCUCCCCCGCCGAAAGGACCCCGCCCAGGACAGCGCGCUGAUCCUCCCUCUCCCGCACGCCGACGCCGACGCCGACGCCGACGAUGACGACGAGCCAGACGCCUCCCCCGAAGCCACCUCAACCGAAGGACAGGGAGAGCGAAAGAAGGAGAAGGAGAAGCAGAAGCAGAAACACUACACGAUUCUCCUGUCCACAACUCUCCCCGAUCGCAAGGCGACGCUGAUCCGCCGGGAAGACGGGUUCGAGAAGCGGCGGUUCCUGCGAUGUGGGCGGUGUCGCGUUGUCGUGGGGUAUUUUCUCGAUGCGGUGCAUUUCCCUGUUGCCAAGGAUGGGAGGGGCGAGGAUGAACUCGAAGGGGAGGAGUCGGAUCAGGAGCCCCGGGUUGUAUAUUUGCUUCCUGGGGCGUUGAUAGAGACGGAGACUAUGGGCGACGAGGAGAAGAUGCGGGUGAUGGAUCGGGAGUGGAGCGGAUGGAUUCCUCAAUAG